UUCUCCCGCUCCUCCUUCUCUCGAUCGAUGGAGGCCGCUGUUCGAAUCCCCAUUGCGAUCUCUCCGCCGUCCUCUCUCCGGCGAAGUCCUUCUUCUCCAUGGAUCCCAGCUCGGCGUCUCCCCCUCCGCACCGUACUCCGUAGUCGGCGAACUCCUCUUCGCUUCCGAGCUUCUUUGGAACCGUGCGAAGAUUUAGGGCCAGUGGACGUGAUUGGCAUUGGAAGCCGGAAAGACGCUGUCAUCGACUUCUGCCUUGCUUCCUCCUCCUCUGCCGUAUCUUCUCGCUUCCGCUUCUGGACUAUUCAUGCAAGAGAUUCUACGAAGGUUCAGUUGCUUGAACGGUGUAUUGGAACAGAUACGGUUGUCAGAAAUGUGGAAUAUCCUUUAACAUUGCAUCCAUGUCCUAUGGCUGUUAUUCUUGUGGCAAGUGCAGGGCAUGGCAUGGAUCUUAUUACAGCUACUGAACUUCUAAGUGCUGUUAAAUCAGCAGGUGGGUUGUCUGUUGCCAUACUUUUGAAGCCAUUUACUUUUGAGGGACAAAGACGACUUGAAGAGGUGGAUGAUAUAGCAAGUAAGCUUCGAGAGUGUUCACACUUUUAUAUUGUCGUUGAAGCUGAUUCAUUACUCAAAGUGGAAGUUGAAACUCUAGCUGAGGCAUUAGAAAGUGCCAACAAUGCUGUUUUUGUGGCUUUAAUUACAAUCUCUUUUUUAAUCUCUGAGAUGCAUAUGAAGCUGCUCGACACGUCAGCUGCACUACCCAAGCUGUUGAAAUCAUUGGAUGUGUUAAAGCUUUUAGAAAGUUACGGAGAGGCUAAAGUUAGUUUUGGAGCUGGUUACAACAUCAAGACAACAAUUGCACAGGCUAUCUCCCGAUGUCCUUCUCUUUGUGAUGGCCUAAAGAACUCAAAUGGCCUGGUUAUCUUCACCCUUGCGAGUGCUUCUCCCUUGGAAGAAAAUGAUUUACUUGCCCAUGUUCAGAUCUUCCGACAAAUUACUUCUUGCACUUGUGAAAUAAUUUUUUCAAGAAUUCAUGAACCAGAUCUUGAGCCAAACCUUAUAAUACUUACACUCCUGAUUGUUGGGUGCGACGAGAAAACUGUUCCCAACAAGAAGAGCUUUUUUGGUGGUCUGGCUGUGCGCUUCCCCUUUCUCUCCUCCUUUUUAGGAAAAAGCAUUCCAGAGCAAAGGAAUAAUUAUGCAUCAUCUCGGACAUCAGAUGUCUUCAACUUAUCAGAUAACAUGAACUUGUCCGAUGGUGCUGUAGACAAGGAAGCCGAAUCUUUCAGCAAAGAAUUGAGCUUUGAUAAUGACAGAAGUUGCAUUGAGUCAUCAGAUAUCCCAAAUCAAUCAACUUCUGGAAAUGAAUUUCAGACUGAUUUAGUACAAUCUACAGAAGAAGCAGACAUGGAAACAGAGCAACCAGGUAGCUGGGAUGUUAGUCCUGGAUAUCAGAUUGCUCAAGUAUGGGCUAAAGAGCGAGCCAUUUUAAGUGGGACAGAAAAGAUUGAUAAGCUAGAUACAUUCACCUUUUCAAGCCAUAUUGGUGUUAAAUCUUCUGAUCAAAUCUCUGAUGGAUCGUCAUAUUCUGACUCCAAGCUACCAAAAUCUUUUGGUGGUACUAGUAGGAUAUCCUUAGUUCCCCCAAGCAUCCCUUACAUGGAAUUAAAGUCAGGCACAGGUUUUGAAGCAAUAAAAGAUAUGUACAGUUCUGCUGUGACACGCUUAAAGGGGAAGCAAGAAAUUAGGCCCAGAAAAAGAGGGCUGCUCUCUGACCGAGCAGCAUCAGUACUGGAGGCAGAAAGAGAUUCACUCAAGAGCUGGACACCUAUUCUGGAAAUGCAGUAUAGGGGUGGCACUUAUAGGGGCAGAUGCCAAGAAGGUCUUCCAGAAGGAAAGGGUCGUCUAACCUUCACAGAUGGUAGCUUCUAUGAUGGCAUGUGGCGGUAUGGUAAAAGAUCAGGUACUGGUACAUUCUGCUACAGUAAUGGGGAUGUGUUUCAAGGUUCAUGGAGAGAUGAUCUCAUUCAUGGAAAGGGGUGGUUCUACUUUCAUGAUGGUGGUCGUUGGUUUGCAAACUUUUGGAAGAAUAAGGCAAAUGGAGAAGGAAGGCUUUAUUCCAAAGAUGGCAGCAUCUUCUUUGGCCAUUUUAGUAAUGGUUGGCGUGAUGGUCAAAGCCUCUGCAUUGAUGCGGAUGGCACAAGGUGGACAGAGUUAUGGGACGAUGGUGUUCUUGUGACUAGGACUCGGCUUGAUAAGGAUGAUGAAACUGGUGGCUAGUUAAUAUGUUGGCAAAGUCCAUCAUCAGUUGUUUGAACACACUUUCUUCUGUUCUUGAUCAUUGACACAGCAAAACAUUAUCUGUGAAAGUGUUUGUAUCAUAGACAAGAAAACCUGCAAUCAGCACCAAGAUGGAGCUGAUUGUACAUGUGCCAGGUUUAAACAUUUGUUGACUACCAAUUGAAUUUCUUUUGUAUUAAAUGAAUGUUCGAUUCUGCAAAA